AUGCAGCAGUCGAAAUAUCUCCCUAGUCCCCUCGAGCGAUACAAGUUCUGGGACGAGCGAUUCACCAUUGCCCGAGAGUCCCUUCCUGCUGGCAGCUGGGACGCUCUGCUGUAUGGACGAUGCAAACCCAUUCGAGCCACUGACGACAAAAACGGUUACACCGAGAUGGACUUUGAAUUCACAAUUACAGACGAUAUUCUCAAUGGUCUGGGUUCCAUGCAUGGCGGAGCUGUGGCCUCCUUGCUCGAUAACAUGACCACCAUGGCUAACUACAUUGAUUCGCGUGUGUGGCGUACCAUCCCUAUCUUUUACAACGCUACUGAGGACGAGCCAGAGGAAGGAAUGGUGUUCAAGAGCCUAUCUGAGGAGCAGAAGGAUGAGAUCUUUGGCCACUUGCUGUUGCAUAUUGGAGACUGGUGUGGUGUUUCUCGAACCCUGAACACCACAUACCUGCGUGCUCUUGAACUGGGUCAGACCUACAUUCUCAAAUGCACCACUCCUUCUCGAGGCAUGCGACUGCACCACCAUCUUGGUCGUGUUUUCGACCAGCAGGGUCGAUUGUGUGUGUCUCUUGAGCAUGGUAAGGCUCAUAACGGAGCUCCCAUUCUCAAGUUUAAGAAGCCCAACCUGUAG